AUGCUGUGUGUCGGAUGUGCGCGGGCCGAGUGUCGCUGGCGCAUGUGUCUGCUGGAGCACCCGUCCCCCAGCAACUUCUACGUGAGCUGUUGGCAAAGUAACCGCUCGGCCGCGCCGCUGUUACUGCUCCGGAGUUUCCUCUUCCUGUUCUCGACGUGCGUUCUGUUCGCGUCUAUCGCUGUGCCCUUGACAUUGAACAAACAUUUCGGCCAUUGGUUCAUAUACCUAACACAUUGGGGUUUCCUACUAAUCGUUCUCACCACGGGCUUCGGUACUUCGGUUUCCGCAUACGCUUUCUAUAAGAAGCCCAUUGACGCUACGUUUGGCCUGCCAUGGUACGUGAAGACAUACUGGAUUCUGUACAACAUCACAAUUCCUGUCUCCUUCCUCAUCACGGUCUUCUACUGGGGAAUCUUGAAGACUUCUGCCAACACGGUGAACUUCGCACCGAAUCCAGUGCUGGACAUCAUGCUGCACGGCGUGAACUCGGCGGUAAUGCUGGUGGAACUGAUCUGCUCAGCACACCCCAGCCGGCUGAUGCAUGUGAUGCAACCGCUGUACUUCGCCGGAGCCUAUAUGCUCUUCAGUGUCAUCUACUUUUUCGCUGGCGGACUGGACCCAUGGGGUAACCCGUUCAUCUACCCGGUGGUGGACUGGUCGAAGCCUGAGCAGACGAUGGUGGUGAUCACACUGACAGCAUUGUUCCUGGCGCUGAUGCACGUGCUGACUGUUGGUAUAGCAACCGCGAGAGAUGCGAUCGCCAAGAGACGUGACUCUUUAACCACAGGAGUCUACAACGAUGCAUUCACACCUUGA